ACCUUUACAGAACCAAUUUUAAUUCCACGUGCAAGAGUGCCAGUAUUGAAAGUUAAACAUCGAACUACAGGAAUACAGUGUGAUAUUUCUACAUUAAAUGGCAUUGGUGUAGAAAAUACAAACCUAUUAAGGAACUACAUGUCUGACAGCAGAGUGAGGUUUGUUGCUACCGGAGUGAAGGUGUGGGCUCGACAGUUGGGCCUGACUCAGGCAGGUGUGGGUCCCGGCUCAAUAACCAGCUACUGUAUGCUUUGGCUUGUCAUGUUUGCCCUAAUGCAAGAUUGUCCACCCGCAGCUCCUUCUGUUGUCGCUGUCAAGCAAAGCUGCAAAGGCUCCAACCUCUUCAUUGACGGUUGGGACUGUAGCUUUUGCAAUUCUCCCGUCCCAAAGCUGAAAAACAAUAAAAGUGAAAUUGAACUGUUGAUUCACUUUUUUAGUUUCUACGGUAGCAUGACAAUACUAGAUAUAACUAGCAAUGUAAUAAGCCCUUUUCUGGGGAAGAUGAUACCAGUGAAAGAAUUUGUUAAGACUAACUCCCUUCCGAAUGAGUUCGAGAACUAUAAAAAACAAGCAAGAUCUGAUAGAUUUUACGAGAUGAGAUGCGAUUCCGCAAUGUGCGUACAGGAUCCUGUGGAACAGGGACACAACAUCGCUAAAACUGUGGAGAACUGGGUGGUGGACAGGUUCCUGAAAUUGUGCAAGACAACGACGACAUUGGUCGAGAACAGCAUGUCUCCGCACGUGUGAAAGGGCCAUUACAAUGGACGCACCACUUUGGGAGUACAUAAGCAUCUGUAUGAUGAGCUUCUCUACAAUCUCUGCAUAUUCUAGUAUUAUUGCAGGGUGAAUAGCAACAUGACCGUAAGCAAAGCACCAAUAACAUUGCUUUACUGGAAUUAUGUAUGGUUCUAAUCUCAAAUUAACACAAUUCAGCAAUAUUGUUUCGGGUAAACUGUCAGAAUAAAAUGUUAUUUUAACAUAC